AUGCUUGCAUACCGCAUUGUAUUGCUCGUUGCUGCUGCUCUCCUUGCAUCGACAAAAGCGGCGCUCUCGAUUUCAUCCGACACCGGGCGACUUUUGAAUACGGGGGAAAUCACAAAGGGUGGAGAUGCCGGCGGUGAAGAAAGGAAGCUACCGUCGCUCCUCGAAAAGAUAAAUCUGUUCAACGCGAGUCCUGCUUACAAAAAGGCAUAUUCUGCGUUUGAGCGUCUCGGAUUGAAGACCGAAAAUAGUGUGUUUGGCACCACUGCUUUUAAAAGCUGGGCAAACAAAGUGAGCGUACUGGAUCCAGAAAACGCAGGCUCCAUCAUGCUCAAGAUUCUGCUGAAGCGUUAUGACGAGUUCAAGAUUGCAAGGUACAUUGAAGCGUCCAAGUUCUCGUCAAAGUCGGAAAGCAUAGCUAAGGACUUGAGGGAAGCGCUGUUCACCAAGUGGGAGAAGGCCGGAAUACAGCCGAGUCUUGUCAAAUCCAAACUAGCCAGUCGACAGCACCCUCAUCUUGGGGGUAACAGCGAUGAGAAGAUUGUGGCGGCGUACACAGCCUUCUUCAAAGCACAACAAGCGUCCUAG